GAAAAGCUCAGCAAGUCAGCCCGCUUUUAUUUCGUUUAAAAAAUAAACAAAAUUAUUUCAACAAUUGUGAAAUUUUUUUGGAGAAGGGAGAUCAAAGUUUAAGGUUGCCGAAAAUAAUCAUAUUGGAUUAAUAAAAGAUGAACAUCGACGUGGGAGUUCCAGAGAAUGAUGAAAAUGGUCCCGGUUUCCAUUCAUAUUUUACACAGAAAAUAUCCGAGCUGCAGUUUACUGUGACCGAGCGCCAGAAAAAUUUGCUCCGCUUGCAGGCUCAAAGGAAUGAACUAAACUCCAAGGUUCGCUUGCUGCGUGAGGAGUUGCUGCUGCUUCAGGAUCAGGGAAGCUAUAUUGGUGAGGUUGUAAAGCAAAUGGACAAAAACAAGGUUCUGGUGAAGGUCCAUCCGGAGGGCAAGUACGUGGUGGAUGUGGACAAGGCCAUCAAUAUCAAGGAUGUGACUCCCAGCAGCCGAGUGGCCUUGCGAAAUGAAAGCUACACUCUUCACAAAAUUCUCCCCAACAAAGUUGACCCAUUGGUGUCGCUUAUGUUGGUGGAAAAGGUUCCGGAUUCCACCUACGAAAUGGUUGGUGGCCUGGACAAACAAAUCCAGGAGAUCAAGGAGGUGAUCGAGCUGCCUGUCAAGCACCCAGAAUUAUUUGAUGCCUUGGGUAUUGCCCAGCCGAAGGGAGUACUACUCUACGGACCACCUGGCACUGGAAAAACCCUUUUGGCCCGAGCUGUAGCCCACCACACGGAGUGCACUUUCAUCCGGGUCUCGGGUUCCGAAUUGGUGCAGAAGUUCAUCGGCGAAGGAUCACGGAUGGUGAGGGAGCUCUUCGUGAUGGCCAGGGAACAUGCUCCCUCCAUAAUCUUCAUGGACGAGAUCGAUUCCAUUGGCUCGGCCCGAUUGGAAACGGGAACUGGCGACUCAGAGGUGCAACGUACUAUGCUGGAGCUUCUCAACCAACUGGAUGGAUUCGAGGCCACCAAAAACAUCAAGGUUAUCAUGGCCACCAAUCGCAUUGAUGUUUUGGAUCAGGCUCUACUCCGUCCGGGUCGUAUUGAUCGUAAGAUUGAGUUUCCACCGCCGAACGAAGAGGCAAGAUUGGAUAUCUUGAAGAUACAUUCACGCAAGAUGAACCUCACCAGGGGCAUAGACCUCCGCAGGAUUGCAGAGCUAAUGCCUGGGGCUUCGGGAGCAGAAGUAAAGGGCGUUUGCACCGAGGCUGGAAUGUAUGCCUUGAGGGAGAGACGCGUCCAUGUCACCCAGGAGGACUUUGAAAUGGCCGUGUCCAAGGUGAUGAUGAAAGACUCGGAAAAGAAUAUGUCUAUUAAAAAGUUCUGGAAGUAGUUUGCCCA